UUUAUAAAACGUGAACGUGCCGUUGACCGGUUUACAUCAGAGAAGCCUCGCGCAUCCCCGCGUGCAGAAGAAAGUGAAUGAAAGCUAGCCGAGGAGCUGCAGCUAAAGGCGACAAAUAAGAGAAGAGAAGCUAAAAGCGUUCCUGAGAGGCUGCAGAGGUCACGGCUCGUUCACCCGGAAGUAUCUCUGAAAUGGAUCUUCAGGACAAAGAAAUGACGCCUGGUGAGAUUCUGCCCGUCGUCAUCAUCGGUAACGGCCCGUCAGGGAUCUGCCUGUCGUACAUGUUGUCAGGUUACACYCCCUACCUGUCGCCGGAGGCGGGGCAUCCGAACCCCCUGCUGCACAGCAAGCUUUCGGAGCAGCCUCACCUGUCGCUGCUGGAGCAGGACCUGGAGUACCUGUGCGAGGGUCUGGAAGGGCGCUCGUCCAAUCCCGUGGCGGUGCUUUUUGACUCGCUGCUGCUGCCCGACAGCGACUUCGGAUUGGACCGCGUGUCUCCGCUGGAGUGGCGAUACGAACCGUCACGCGCCAUUCCUCACCUGGUCCUGGGAAAGGGCCCACCUGGAGGAGCCUGGCAUGCCAUGGAGGGCUCCAUGCUGACCCUGAGCCUGGCCAACUGGAUGGAGCUUCCUGGUCUCAAACUGAAGGACUGGAUGAGAGACAAGCGCAGGAACGUGAGGAACGACCGCGCCACGCCCGCAGAGAUCGCCUCCUACUACCAGCACUACGUGUCCCAGAUGUCUCUGGGGCAGAACUUCGCCUGCGGGACCACCGUCACCUCGGUGAGCAGGGAGGAGUCUGGGUCGACGCCCUGCUGGAGAGUGGUGGGACUGCAGAGGAGGGAGGCCGAGGUUCCGGGAGAUCCGGUUCCGGAGGAGGUUCCGUUCUCGCUGCUGGCCCACAGCGUGGUUCUGGCGACGGGCACGCACGACAUCCCCGCCAGGCUGGGUGUGGAGGGCGAGGCGCUGCCGUUCGUCUGCCACUCCUUCUGGGAGCUGGAGGCGGCCAUCUCCCGCGGCGAGCUGGACCCGUCCUCGGACCCGGUGCUGGUGGUGGGGGCGGGGCUAACGGCGGCCGACGCCGUGCUGGCCGCUCGCCACCUCAACGCGCCCGUGUACCACGCCUUCAGGCGCUCGGUCACAGACCCGGACCUCAUCUUCAACCAGCUGCCCAAACUCCUCUACCCCGAGUACCACAAGGUCCAUCAGAUGAUGACUCAGCAGCAGAACCAUCCCACCCAGAACCCCCGCUCCGACCCGCCCUCCCCCUCCUACACCGGCUACCUGAGCUUCCCGCGCCACCGGGUCGUGGCGUUCCAGCCCGACCGCGUGUGCCUCCUGGAGUCGGACUCCGGCAAGCGGACGGCGGUCCGGGUCUCCAAGGCGCUGGUUCUGAUCGGCGCCCACCCGAACCUGUCCUUCCUGCACGACGCGGGGCGCUCGCUGGGCAUCAACCCGGACGAGCCCAUCUCGUGCCGGAGGAACCCCGUGGACGUGGACCCGUUCACCAACCGGGUGCUGGCGGCGGACGGGCCCGGCCUGUACGCCAUGGGCCCGCUGGUCGGGGAGAACUUUGUCCGCUUCCUGAAGGGCGGGGCUCUGGCCAUCGCCAGCGACCUCUCGAAGGGGCGGAGCCGUCGACACGAACAGAUGGACCAAUCAGAGAGGAGCUGAGGUUCUGGGCUCUGGAGAGGAACGGACCUUUAUCUAAUCGAAACCCCCGAGUCCAGACCAGGAGAGGCGCUGCGUUGGGCCAGCAACAUGAGCUCUUUAAACCGGUUCUGGUUCUGGUUCUGGUGUGUCUGAGAGAAAUCAGCCGAAUGUUUGCUGGAGAAUUAAGGAGGGAGAAACGGUGYGUUCAGGUCCCCUCGUUAAUUUAAGCUCCUAGAACCUGAAGGUGCUGUUAGAACCCGACUUGCAGCUGCACGUAUUUAAUACUAUUUAAUAAAUUUACAGCUGA